AUGAGCAAACACGCAACGCAAAGGGCUCCAGCAAAGUCGACGGUCGAAGCGCCAGUCCUUAUGGAACCAACGAUGGAGAGGGGAAGCGGGGUGUCACUCAUGAAGUAUGGGUCUGUCCUGUCUCUUUUUGUGGUUAUGUUAGCAUACUGGUUCCGACCACCCCAAAACGCAGGGCUGGACGACCGACUCGACAUUGUGCUGUCCUCUCUGCUUCGGGCUGAACGCAAAGUGGGGAUAAAUAACGUCGCCAGACCUAAAGUGGCCAUUGGUUUCGGUGGCUGUGUGGACCUGAUUGUUGAUGGUGUGUCAUUGCUGAACAAGAUCGGCUUGUCUCCUGCUUACGAGCCUUUACAUUAUGACUACAUCGAGAAUGCCCAACAACUGGCUCAGAGCUUUGCCUACUUCUUUGCACCAGGAGCAGCUGCAGAGCGUUUCAUGAUGAAUGACACACUAUUCAGCGAGCUGGUCGAAGCGUCCCGUGAGUUGCCUGGGAACAGGUGGUCCAUAGGCGGCAAUGCCCCAGUGAUGGCUGGUCGCAUGGCAACUGAGGGAUGUGAUGUGUUGCUGGGGGGAAGUUUCAGUCCUGAUUUCACUGAUGUCCUGUCUCAACAUAUCACAGUGGCAGGUAAAGUAGUGGAGGAACCAGACAUCCAUCUAAUUCUGGAGUAUCCUUCUGGGGCAAACUGGGGUGACUAUACCUCACGCAGAGCCAACAGGUAUAUAGUCCAUAGUGAUGACCAUAACCCCUACCUGGACUCUUUAGAAGACUUUUCUGAGAAACUGAAAGACUUCAAUCCAGACCUACUGGUAGUGGGUGGGCUUCAGAUGAUGGACAGCUUCCCCUUCCAUUCAGGUGAGCGCCAGGAGCUACUCUCCCGUCUAGCCGCCCUGCUGUCCUCCUCAUCCCCCCAGACAGGUGUCCAUUUUGAGAUGGCCAGUUUUGUAGAUGAGGGGCUAAUGGAGGACCUGCUUCGCCUGGUCAUCCCUCAGGCUGACUCCCUAGGAAUGAAUGAACAGGAGCUUCCCAACCUCCUUAGCUUGCUCAAAGGCUCCAAUGUCACAGUCCUGUCUGACCCGAAUCCCCGCGUUGCUACUGUUCUUGACCAGAUGAGGGAACUGUACCGCCUCAUCAACCAGCGCCACAGAGAGGCUUACGGCACUGGUGGGGAAAGUGACACUAACGAUUCUUACGUUAAAGGAAGGCCACUGACCCGGCUUCAUGUCCAUACACUGGCCUUCCAGGCCAUAAUCGUAACACGUGGAUCCCAGUGGAAGAACACUAUGUCAGCCACAGCUAAGGCCUCACUCACAGCAAACCGACACGUCUGCGGCUCUGCCAACAUCGACACCAGCAAGGCCCGGCUUAUCAUGGAUGAAUCGUUCUCUGUUAGUCGGCAGGAGGGCAGCCAGAGAAUUCCGCUGCUGAAGAAAAGACCUGUUAGCUGUUGGGAUGAGGAGGACUUUGAAAUCUGUGUGGCGCCGGUGCUGGUGUGCACGGAGGUUUACCAAACUGCAGGAGGAGGGGAUAAUAUCUCAGCUGCUGGCCUGGUGCUGCAGAUCUAAAAAAGGAAAUGGAACAGACGUAUGCGUAUGAUGCUGAUUCAGAGGUAGUAGCAAUUAAAGUGGCUAUGGAAACUGGACUGAUCAAUGUGGUUUACAAAAUAGUCUUUGUAGCAAAUUCAGGUACUGCUAGUGGUAAGCAUCAAGCUAAUGCUGGCUACCUUUGCAGCUGCUGCCCAUGAGGAGUAUAUAAAGGAAUAGUGAUAGUUAAUAUCACUAUCAUAUCAGAUGGGGUCCUGUGACUUGGUAGGUUGCUCAGACAACUUUUGUAUGAGCAUAUUUUUUGCCUUUUUUUUGCGAGGGGUAUUAAAAAUAGGCUAAUAAGUCCAUAGAAGUAAUUUUGUAAAAUGAUGUCAGUUUUAUCCUAUUCCACCUUUCUGUCAUACAUGCCCAGUUUAGUGGGAAUAAUCCCUUAUUUCUGGGGGUAAAACAAAUCAUGUUUUUUCCUCUUUAAAGUCAUCUGCUAGUGCAGAUGAAGGAAAUGGGGCAACACUUGGGAGCCUGUAGGGUUUUCUUUUGAGACUAUAGUUUAUGGGUUUGCCUCUGUGGGGUCCUCACAUGACAAGUUGCGUUUUAUACAUUCUGUUCUAGACAUUGAACUGUUGCUCUUUGAAUUAAUUUUCUUUAACUAUUGUUGACAGGUCAAAAUGUACAGUUCUAUUCGGUAAGCUUUUUUUUUGGGGGGGGGCAACAUUUGUGAGCAGCAAGGUUGUUUGAGAGGGAACCAAGCUGAGACCUGGAGUUCAGGACCCCAUCAGUGUCUCAGAUCUUGUAUUUAUAAAGCAGUGUCCCUGCCUAUUGCCUUGUUUAUCUCAUCCAUUCUCAAAGUUGGAGGUGUUUUGCACCAGAUAGCUAGUAAGCAAACUAGGUACUGGAGCAUCUCAGCCUCCUGAAGUGACCACCUCCUGUUACCUCCUGCAAGAACAUUCCCAUACUAUGUGAACUGUGAGCAUUCUGGUUUUCAGCUGUGUUUAAUUUGUUUGGUAACAUAUUCGUACUUGUUUCAUUUUCAGUACAAAAAAAUGUCAAGAGACCACAGCUGGUAGCUGUUUCCUUUCUACCUCCAUUCUUUAUUCCUAUUCUGUUUUUUCCUCUCUAUUCCACACUUCCCUCUAGUGUUCAUUUACCAACCUUUCUUCUGUUUACGAAUGUCCUUCCUUCUUUAAAUGCAUAGGGAUCCUUCCUUCUCUUCUCUCUAUGUCCUGUCUGCAGCUCUUCAAGGACCAAAUUGGUGUGGAUUAUAUACAGCAGUGUUUCCCAACCCAGUCCUCAAGGAACCCCUAUCCUGCAGAUUUUCUUUGCAACCCUGAAUAGGUACCUGUUUGUAGUUAUUCAACCAAUCAGCAUUGAAUUAUGUCAGAUGUUGCAAACCUUGCAUAAUUAAGUGCUGUGAGAUGAUUGGUUGAGUAAGUACAAGCAGGGCUCUACCUAUGCAGGGUUACAAUGAAAAUCUGCAGGAUAGGGGUUCCUUGAGGACUGGGUUGGGAAACACUGAUCUACAGCAUCCCUCUUGGGGUUGAUUCUGUUAUUGGCAGCUGGUUUUUCUGUUCUAUGGCUGGCUAUAAAAGCACAGAAACAGAAAAUCUGAUCCUUUUUGUCAUUUUGUGUUGUCAAAAUGUAUAGUCACAGGUUGGUAUGUAACAUGAUGGUGAUAUAGCCUUUUAGAGCUCAGAAAACCAGUAUUUACACAAAAACUAAGCCAAAGCCCCCACUCUUUGAAUUCCUCUUACCUAUUUUUUAUUAAUAAAGAUAAUUAAAGAAAUAAUGAACUUACUUUUUAGGGACUCAUUUCACUGUUGAAUGUCAUUCCACUUGUUUCACAUUUUGAAUUGGUUCUAUCUGAACCUGGCCAAGUCAGAAAAUGAUUUAAUUUUGGGUAUUAUUAUGGCUGCUACAUUUACUAUGGCUAUUGAAUGGCUACUUACAUUUUAGUUGACUUCUAACAAAUCAUUUUAGGGAAGCAGAAUGAAAAAUGUAAAAAAAAAAAAAUUUUAAUCCUACAAAGAGAAGUAUCUGAAAAAUAAGACCGACUUUAAAGAUUUUUCUUUAAAAGAUCCUUUAAAAGAUCAUUUUCGAUGUGAUAACAUACUUUGCGGGCUUAAAAUAAUACUAAGGGCAAAUGAACCUUUUAAUUUGCCCUUAGUAUUAUUAGUGUUAGGUAUUGGGGUGUUUCGAUGAUGUAGUUAGCUUUUAAUUUAAAUAAUGUGAUUUUUCUAUCAGCUUUGUUCGUCCUCUUUUUUUCUGUUGUCUUCAAAUUUCAACGAGAUUGGAAGCCAAGAAUAAUGGGUCAUGUUUUAAAAUGUGAAUUGAGCCUGUCAAAUGCAUACACUGUGCAUGGAUUCAUGCUUUGAUAGAGAACCAUCUUUGUGUGCUGCCAUGUCCUAUAAAUAUCUGAAUUAUAGAUAUUUUUGGCAUAUCAUCCAUAUUCCCAAACUGUGUUGUAACUGGUUCAUGCAUGAUGUCUCGCUCAUGUUUUGUGUAUGUAUUCAGUAUAAAAUCACUCAAGAUAAAGGCUGUA